CGCGGUCGUCAUGGCGCGCGUCCCGCUGUCGGACGCGGAGAAUCUCGCCGUGGGCGCGUUCGGGGGGAUCGUGGAGACGUGCGUGCAGAUGCCGCUGAUCACGUUUAAGAUCUGCGUGCAGGACUCGAGAGCGCUGCCGCGGUCGAUCGCGGGAUGGUACCGCGGCGUCUUCGCGAACGCGGCGUCGCUGGCGCCCAUCACCGCGGCGCAGGUGGCGGUGAAUGGGGCGAUCGAGCGCGUCAUCACGAACGGUGAGCGAGGAAUGAGCGACGCGGAGCAAAUUGGAUGCGCCAUGGCGGCGGGGGCGGUGUCGAGCGCGCUGUACUCGCCGGUGGAUUUGACGGUGAUUCAACAGCAAAAGAUGGGCCUCGGUCCGGGGGGGACGGUGGCCGCCGUCGUGAAACAAGGAGGUCUCGCGAAGAUGUGGCGAGGGACGGUGUCGUGCGCGGCGCGCGAGAGCAUCUACACCGCGGGAUACCUCGGUCUCGGACCGGUGCUGACGAACAAGAUCAAGGAAGCGCAACCGAAUUUGGGCGAUUUCGCCUCGAGCGUCCUGGGCGCGUCGCUCGCGGGCACCUUCGCCGCGGGCCUCACGCACCCGAUCGACACGUCGAAGACGCUCAUGCAGAGCGAUUUGAGCGGCUCCAAAUUCACCUCCGCCACGCACGCUCUGUCUGAAACGUACAAAACGGGCGGUAUUCGCGCGUUAUACAAGGGUGGUUUCGCGCGCACCGUGCGCAUCUGCGGCGCGUUUUUCAUCGUCGGCAACAUUCGCGAAUACGCCGUCAACUACAAGAACGCCAACUUGACCGCGGACGAGACGUAA